CUGCUCCCGGAGCCCCGCAGGCUGCAAUGUGACACCCACAGCCGCGGGAGGGGGUGGGGGAAGGCGGCGCCCGGAGACUGGGACGGGGGAGACCGAGAGGCAUGGAGAGAUGGGGACGCAAGGGAAGGCGCGAGAGGCGCAGCGACUCGGAGUACUCCGGAGCGCUCCGCUGAGACUGGGAGUCGGGAAUAACGGGGGAGAAGGAGACCGAGAAGGUUGUAGAGUGUGACAGAGAGAGGCCGAGAAGCGAGUUAGGAAUGGGAGCACCGGAGAGACAAACUUGAGAGAGGCAGGAGAGACGGAGACACAGGUAGACACUGGGAGAGGUGGAGUUUAAAAGAGACAGGGAAAGGUGGAGAGAGAGACCGGGAGAGGCCGACGGAGCCUGGAAAGAGGACACAAAGUGAUACAGACUCCGUAAGGGAUAUAAAGUAAGGGAGACAGACACAGAGGUAUUCAAGGAGUUAGAAAGAGCAGCGGAGGAAGACAAGGAGUUCCCAAGACUCACAGAGGGAGACUCGGGGACAAGGAAACAGACCCGGAGCUGGAGCCAGAGAGGCUCAGCAUUAUCUGUGUCCUCAGCCUGGGGGGGCUGCGUGGAGGUGGACUCAGAGACCGAGGCCGUGUACGGAAUGACCUUCAAAAUUCUGUGCAUCUCCUGCAAGCGACGCAGCGAGACCACCGCCGAGACCUUCACGGAGUGGACCUUCCGCCAGAAGGGCACUGAGGAGUUCGUCAAGAUCCUGCGCUAUGAGAACGAGGUCCUACAGCUGGAGGAGGAUGAGCGUUUUGAGGGCCGGGUGGUGUGGAAUGGCAGCCGGGGCACCAAGGACCUGCAGGACCUGUCCAUCUUCAUCACCAACGUCACCUACAACCACUCCGGCGAUUAUGAGUGCCACGUCUACCGCCUGCUCUUCUUUGAGAACUACGAGCACAACACCAGCGUCGUCAAAAAGAUCCACCUUGAGGUGGUGGACAAAGCCAACAGAGACAUGGCGUCCAUCGUGUCAGAGAUCAUGAUGUAUGUGCUCAUCGUGGUGUUGACCAUAUGGCUCGUAGCAGAGAUGGUUUACUGCUACAAGAAGAUUGCUGCAGCCACUGAGGCCGCCGCACAAGAGAACGCCUCGGAAUACCUGGCCAUCACCUCAGAAAGCAAGGAGAACUGUACGGGUGUCCAGGUGGCCGAAUAGCCCCGGUAAGGCCCUGGGCUCCACCUCAAGGAAGAGCCAGCCCUGAUGGGGAACAUCUGGGCACAGCCUGCCCCCAAUGGGGGUUGGCCAUUCCUGGACCUCCACGAGCCUCAGAGUCCUGCCAACGGAGCCGCCUGGGUGGGAGGGGGCAGGGGGCUUGGCUCACACCCCCAAUCCAGCCUAUUUCCUCCUGCCCCAUCGCCCACCCGCACCAUGCAUGAUGGGUAAAGCAAUACUGCCCCUGCCCUCACCCCUGCUUCUGCUGCCUGUUUAGGAGGGGGGCGGUGAGGCGGGGGCAGCGGCUCCGCACCCUUCCUUCUUGCUGAUUUGCACACAUUGGCCGCUUCAGAUGCACACUACUGGGGCCCAGCACCCCCUGCCCUCCUCCCCCACCCAGCAGGGGGGGGGUUCCGGUUGGGGCGGCACAGUUUGGGGCAGGGGGUUUCUGGGACCCACUCCGACCGAAGACCCCCCCGGCGACACUUCCCUCCUUCCUCUGGCUGGACCUGGGGUCCCCUCUCCCUGUGAUGCACUCUUGCCCCAGCCCCGCCCUGCCCUCUCUCACCAGCCUUGGACUGGGGCCACUUAGGAAGGCCCAUUCAGCCUCUUCUCUCUUCACACAAGUAGUUUUGUUCAUGAAAUAAAGAUUCUUGGACUUGA